AUGAGCUCAUUUCUACUCCCGCUCGCUUAUCUCCUCACCCCGCUCAUAUCAGGUCACCCGCUCAAUCUCAGCAGGGCGGCAAGGCUGAUCCAUUCGCUAUCCAUCGAGAGGAGGGUGGACGAGAGCUUUCAAGGUCCCGACUACCCGCAUGUUCUCCCUCCCUCACCCCCUUCAGUCUUCGCCAGCAGCCUCGAGUCGCGGGUCGGCGCCAACACUGGGAUCUGCCAUGACUUGAUCGACCUCGCAACCGAGUGCAGCAGCCCCAACAAGAUCCUUCAAGUGUACGACUGCAUCCAGCAACGAGACAUCAAGAUUGACACGUUUCACCGCCAUGCUCUCGUCAGCCUCCUCUGCCAGAUGGACGCGUUUGUGUUCGCACAGGAGGCGAUGAAUGGACUUGCUAUGGGCCCGCAGCGAGCCAACGCGGAAUCUUACUUGGAGCUUGUUGGUGCAGGGUUUCGCGCAGGGUCGAGCGAGGAGUGUCUGGCGAUAGUCAAGGAGUUCAUUCAGAUCGCUCCGAGGGCGAGGCGACCCACCAUCGACUUCUUCAACUUCUGCCUGCUCGUCUCCUGCCUGCUCGAGUGCAAGAAGUAUUCAAGAGCGCUGAUGUGCUACGAAAGAAUGAUAGAGCUUAACUUCCAGCCGGGAUCGGACCUUAUGAACACGUACAUCGAAUGUCUUGCAGCCUCCAAGAACCCCGAGCAUCACGAGCUUGCAUGGGGCAUGUAUCUUCGACUAGAAGCUCUUGCCAGAGCUCGGAAGAUCUUAGAGUCAGCACCUGGUCAAGACUUAUACACCAAGAAAGCAAGAUCUCAGUCUGACGCGAGUCGCAACUCUAGAACGCCAGUGGUGUCAAGGUUGUCGUCUUGGAACUCCAUGAAGCAGCAGCAGGUAGGAGCUGUUGAUGGCUGGUUGAGACUGAAACAUCUUCUUCAGACUCCUUCCGUAGAAAUUCCCAAGGCCCAGGUUGUCAGCAACAAGAGUAUCGUUCAAAGGCCCAAGGUUGUCGCGAUUGCAAGCUCGUCGAGGAACGUUGAACUUCUUUCUUGCCCACGUGUCUGA